CCGCCACCGCCGUUCCUACCGCCUCCACCGCCGAAGAUCGUAGUACCGUCGCGUACCUCGAGUAGCCGAGUACAUCGAGCGUCCAGUAUCCCCGAACCCGCGAAUGCGGAGUACGAGUACCUGGACACACCACGCCGGCCGCCUCUCAUCGUCACGAUGCUCCUACUCGCGGUGAUCGGGCUCCUCGUCCUCGCCGGCACGACCACCGCCGAGGUCUUUACCAACACGUUCCUGGUGAGGAUGCGGCAGCCAGCGGAGCGGCACAUAGCCGAUCGCGUGGCAGUCAGGAACGGCUUCAUCAAUCUCGGACCGGUAUUGGACAGUCGGACGGAUUAUCAUUUCGUACAUAGAGCUUUGCCGCAUGUACGAAGCAAACGGUCGGUGCCACACAUGCGAAGAUUAAAGGUCGACCCUCUGGUGGCCACGGCGAUACAGCAGGCUGGUUUCAAGCGAGUGAAAAGGGGCUACAAGCCCCUGAGCGUGGACAACCUCGUGCCGCUGUACGAGAUUAAGAAUCCGGCGAAUCCGGCGAGCAAGGACCCGACGGAUCCGUUCUUCAAGUAUCAGUGGUACCUGAAGAACGUCGGGCAGAACGGCGGCAAGCCGAAGCUGGAUCUGAACGUCGAGGCCGCCUGGGCCCAGGGCGUCACGGGGAAGAACGUGACGACGGCCAUAAUGGACGACGGUGUCGAUUACAUGCAUCCGGAUCUCAAAUAUAAUUACAACGCGAAAGCCUCCUACGACUUCAGCAGUAACGACCCGUAUCCAUACCCGAGGUACACCGACGACUGGUUUAACAGCCACGGCACGAGGUGCGCUGGGGAGGUCGCGGCCGCGCGCGACAACGGGGUGUGCGGCGUCGGGGUGGCGUACGACUCGAAGAUCGCCGGGAUCCGGAUGCUGGACCAGCCGUAUAUGACCGACCUGAUCGAGGCGAACAGCAUGGGCCACGAGCCCGAUCUCAUUGACAUUUACAGCGCCUCGUGGGGCCCCACGGACGACGGGAAGACGGUGGACGGGCCGCGUAACGCGACCAUGAGGGCCAUCGUGCGCGGCGUUAAUGAGGGCAGAAACGGAUUGGGCAAUAUCUACGUCUGGGCGUCCGGGGAUGGUGGUGAGGAGGACGACUGUAAUUGUGACGGAUACGCCGCGAGUAUGUGGACCAUCAGUAUCAACAGUGCCAUCAACGACGGUCAGAACGCGCAUUACGACGAGAGCUGCUCCAGCACGCUGGCCUCCACCUUCAGCAACGGUGCCAAGGAUCCUAACACGGGCGUCGCCACCACGGACCUAUAUGGAAAAUGCACGACGACCCACAGCGGGACGUCCGCCGCCGCACCGGAAGCCGCGGGAGUGUUCGCGCUUGCUCUCGAAGCCAAUCCGCAACUGACCUGGAGAGACAUUCAGCACUUGACUGUCCUAACUUCGAAAAGAAACUCUCUGUUCGACGCGAAGGACAGAUUUCAUUGGACCAUGAACGGCGUCGGGCUCGAGUUCAAUCAUCUCUUCGGGUACGGCGUCUUGGACGCGGGCGCUAUGGUGGCCCUGGCUAAAAAGUGGAAGACGGUGCCGCCGAGGUAUCACUGUGAAGCCGGUUCUACGUUCGAAACGCAGAAAGUCACGAGCGAUCGAUCCAUUCUCGUGAAGAUUAAAACCGACGCGUGCGCCGGCACGGAGUACGCCGUCAAUUAUUUGGAGCACGUGCAAGCCGUCAUUUCCGUGAAUGCAACUCGGCGCGGUGAUCUCGAGCUGUUCCUCACGUCGCCGAUGGGCACCAGAUCUAUGAUCCUGAGCCGCAGAGUGAACGACGACGAUCACAGGGACGGGUUCACGAAGUGGCCGUUUAUGACGACGCACACGUGGGGAGAGUACCCGCAGGGAACUUGGUUGUUGGAGGUGAGCUUCAACACGCAGACGCCUCAACACGGUUGGCUGAAAGAAUGGACGCUGAUGCUCCACGGCACCAGGGAACCACCAUACACGGGACUAUCGACGGCGGACCCGCACUCCAAGCUGGCGAUCGUCAAGAAGGCCCACGAGGAGCGGUUUAGCGCGAUCUAACGACAUCCAUCACCACGGUCCACGCGAUUAUCGCCGAUUUCAGCGAGGAAAAUGGAAAUAUUCCGAUCGGAAGAUGUUUACGCGAGCGCUCCCUUACCGCUUUCCUGAUUUCGCGCCGCGCAGCUGCAGGAGAAUGUAUACUCCGAUUUUUUUUUAGAUUCAGAUUGCGCGCGCCGAUCGCAUUAUCGUCAUGUCCCGUGCCAAUGUAUCGUCAUUCGUUAUUCCAGCCGUGUUGACUUGUAUUCGCAUUUCAAUCAUCAGCAAAAUCUGUAUCCCUGGUACCUUUCAUUACAGUCACAAUUAUCAUUAUAAUUACAUAUCAUGCCGUUUGUAACAAAGCUUGUAUCGCGCGUUAAGAAUGUGUAUCUUUUAUACAAUAUUCAGCACUCCAACUUUUUUUCUAAAAGCCCUGUUAGCGAAGAAAAGUCAAAUCAUUAGCAUCUAACAAAUCCAGCAAUCUAACAAAAGGACGACUUUGGGAAAUUCUGAUAUAAGACACGAAUUGGAUGUCUUAUAAAAUUAAAUGUUUUUUAAUAACAUUGUUUGGAAAAUUACAUUUUCCGACGUGUCGAAAACUUUUGCGACUUUCGAAAUUCUUCGUUUUAAUGUUUUAAUAGGCAGGUGCUGGGCACCGAGCGGAAAGAAUUGAAAAAAAAAAUUAAUUUAUCUGUCGCAUGAUGAUGGAUUAAAAAGAUAUGAUCUAGAAUGUUACAAUCUCCGCUAUAAUCUAUUUGAUAUUUACGAUCUGUUGUUUUUAAUUAGUGUUAUUAUUAUUAUUGUUAUUAGCGCUAAUUAGCUUCCGAGCGACACGCGACGCGAGUUACCGGAAGGUAUUGUAUUAUUUUGUUGAAAUUUGUGUCCGCGUUGACAGCUUUCCGAAGAGUUCUCAAGUCGACGAACGAAACUUGACGAUUAGGGGAACAAGGGGGACAAGAAAAAAAAAUUUACUAUAAUGUAUUACUCAAAUAGCAGAAUAAUAAAAAUUACUCUUCUGACGGAGCGGUAAACUCGA